AUGGCAGAUCAAGAGCAUGAAUUGGAGCGAGUGAGCUCAGAGCUCGAAGACCUGCGUGGAAACAUGGGGCAGGUCAUGGAGAUAUUACAGGUCAUCAGGGCAAAGCUAGACACCCAAACCACGGUUGUUUCUGAAAUCGCAGGUCCAACGAUUGAACCCCAACCUGCGCGGGCGGUACCAACAACCUGGCCCACCUAUGGUUUACCUCCUGGUUUCACUCCUGCAGUUGAAGGUGCCCCUGGUUUUGCACCAUCUGCUCAGCAGACAGCUCCUUUACCGACCAUCAAUGAAAACCAUCCGGUGGUUCACACGUUCGCACCUCCUCUCGUUCGUGCACACGUGCAACCCUACUUUGAGGACCAACAACACGCCCCAGACUUUUCAGAUGAAGAUGAGGAAAGGCAGGAGGACCUAAGAGGGAUGAAGGAGAACUACCAGCUGCUUGAGAAGAGAUUGAGGGCUAUGGAAGGUGACCAAGUUUUUGGUGCUACAGCUAAGGAGAUGUGCCUGGUGUCCGGUCUUGUGAUCCCAGCAAAGUUCAGGACCCCAGAUUUCGAUAAGUAUGAGGGCCACUCGUGUCCUAAGAGUCACCUCAUUAUGUACUAUCGAAAAAUGGCUGCGCAUGUAGAGGAUGACAAGCUCAUGAUACAUUGCUUCCAGGAUAGCCUGAGGGGUGCUCCCUCCAAGUGGUACCUAAGCCUGGAUCAGAGUAGGAUUCGGUGUUUCCAGGACUUAUCUGAUGCCUUCAUCCAACACUACAAGUAUAACAUGGAUAUGGCCCCCGAUAGGAGACAACUACUCA